UUCUAGAUCUCAAAAUUCCGAAAUUUACAAAUCCUUAAAUUUCUGUCUAAUAUAAAUAUAAAUCUUUCCAUUUUAACCUUCAUUUCGUUCUCGUAAAAUGAUAUAUAUUUUUACGAUUCUUUAGAAUUCCAAAAUAUUUGUUAUAUUCUCUCCCUUUGCGAAGAGGGCGUUCCUCGUCGUUGUUUACUUACCAGAAUGCACUAAUCCCUUCUCAUGUCCUCCUAUCGCUCGAAUCAGGACGUGAAUGCACCACGCAUGUUUCGAUUGUAUAUUUUGUACAUACUUCUGGUAAGUUGGUAUUGCAUCGGCCAAUAGGAUCAGCGUGGGUGCGGCGCUCAAGUAGUGGGGAAAAGAUGUCAGCCAAUCGCAGAGGUACAUCCGAGUGCAGUGAUGGAUCGUUGCAACGGAGAUGUUUCUGCAAUUUCCAAAUACAUCCUCAGUCUUCAUUAGGCUGUAAUGCCGACAACGUCGGAUUUUACAAGUUUCUUCCGUAUUUCUACGAGAGUUUCAUUUAAAAUUAGUUAAGUGAUAUACGAUACGGUGUUCCAGUUUGAAGAUGAAUUCACUUAUGGCGAUGCCUACGGAGUUACAACUGCAAUUGCACCAACAAAUGCUUUUCCGGCAACAACAACUUGUUUUUCGUAGACAUAGACCAGACGACAUUCCAAAUCCAAAUGUAUGGACAAUACCACGUCUUGGUGGAGGACCUCCCCUACCUCCUGAAGUAAAAGUUGAGUUGCAAAAUAGAGAUUUGUGGCAACAAUUCCAUGCAGAGACUACUGAAAUGAUAAUUACGAAAGGGGGACGACGAAUGUUUCCGUCGAUUCAGUUGACAAUCACUGGAUUGGACCGUCGUGCCCGCUAUUGUGUCGUCCUCGAAGUGGAGCCGGUGUCAAAUCGUCGUCAUAAAUACGUCGGUGGCGUUGAAAAAUCCUGUGGAAAUGCAAAAGGCUGGACAUCAGCUGGACCAGCAGAACCUCAACCACGAAUUGAUCGAAGAAUAUACCUGCAUCCUGAAAGUCCAGCGACCGGUGCGCAUUGGAUGCAACAUCCUCUCAGUUUUAAUAAACUAAAAUUGACUAACAACGCUGUGGAUCCUAAAAACAACGUGGUUCUUACAUCUAUGCACAAAUACAUUCCUCGCAUUUGGAUCAUCCGUUGCGACGAUGCUACCAGAUUAAGCGAAUUAUACAAUUAUCCAUCUUCUUCGUUUCACUUCACCGAAACAGAAUUUAUUGCUGUUACUGCUUAUCAGAACGAGAAUAUCACGAAGCUGAAGAUCAACAACAAUCCAUUCGCGAAAGGAUUUCGAGAGUCUGGUCAGUCUCGAUGCAAGAGGAAAUACCAACAGGAUGACGUAGAAAGAACUAACCGCAUCGACGAAGAAGAUGGAAACAUGUCGUCAGAAUCCGAAUCGAAUAGACCAUCGAAUCACAUGGAUGUUGUCACACAGAGACCAAAAACAGCAUCCAGUGAAACAGGAAGUUUGGACGACAGUAGUGUCAGUAGUUACGGUGGUAUUAGUCCACCUCUAGCUUCUAUUUACCAAAAUUCAUCGUCUAGGGAUAUCGAUCGUGACACACAACCGAGAUUACAUAGGCCAUGGAUCGAUUCAUCUUCACAAUUUUCUUCCUCGAUAUCUUCGGCAUCUACGAAUUUAUCAUCGAUAAACUCGUAUAAUGAUUUCAAUCUGUCCUCGUAUUAUUUUCGUUUAAUUCAUCCCUCCUUCGUUAUGCAACCGGAUUUAAUUAGGUUACAGUAUCAGUCUAUAGCGAAUUCGAAGUAUCACUAAUGAAAGUUGUUGCAUUCUAACUAGGAAGGGACCAAGGUUCUAGUUUUGAAAAGUUUGGGGAUAAAUAACGGUUCAAAUUUUCAAAUUUUGAAAUUGGGAAAGUUUCAAGUUUUUCAGAUUGUAAA